UAUGAACGUAUCAGUAAAUCCCUGUGAUGAUUUUUAUGAGUUCGCGUGUGGAAAUUUUAUCAAAUACACGAUUAUCGACGACGACAAACCGUUUCAGACGACAUUCAGCAUUGCUGGCGAUACGCUGUUGAACAAGCUCCGAAUAAUUGUCACCGAACCUAUCAAACCAGACGAACAGAGACCGAUCAAAAUGGCGAAAUUAAUGUUUAAAUCGUGCAUGGACAAAGAAAAAAUCGAAAGAGAUGGAUUGGAACCGUUUAAGAAAAUGUUGAAAAGCUUCGGUGGAUGGCCGGUGCUGGAAGGCGAUAAAUGGAGUUAUACUGAAUGCACGUGGAAGGACAUCGUGUACAAAAUUAGAGAGGCGGGUUACAGCGUGGACUACUUAAUUCGAUUUUCCAUCGGCAUAGAUUUGAAAAACUCCAUGAUGAGAGCUAUUGAACUGGACGAAGCGUCCUUGGCACUUAAGGGCACCGACGAAAAGUCUGUGGCCGGGUACUAUAGGUACAUGGUGGACAUCGCGGUGCUGUUCGGCGCUGAUCGGCACAGGGCCGUCAAGGAGCUGAGACAGUCGUUGGAGUUCGAGAUACGAUUGGCCAAGAUAUCGAUGACGGCGGAAGAGCGCCGGGACACCGCCAAGCUGUACAACCCAAUGAAACUUGCCGACCUGCAACAAAACUACCCGACCAUACCGUGGAAAGAGUACCUCAACAACCUGUUGUUCCCGCUGACCAUACAGCGAGACGACAUUAUAAUUGUAAACGCGCCGAAAUACCUGUCGGAACUCGAAAUCCUACUCUGCAGUACGCCCAAAAGGAUCUCCGCAAAUUACAUGAUUUGGAGAUUCGCCGCACAGUGCGUCAAUUUUCUGACUGAAGAAUUAAGGAAAAGAGAGUUGGAGUUCCUCACCGAGCAGAGCGGCAAGACUGAACGAGUGCCCAGAUGGAAGGAAUGCGUGGGUAUCAGUUCCGAUAGGUUUUCAUUGGCCAUCGGAUCGUUGUACGUAAGACAGUUUUUCGACGAAAGUGCCAAAAACGAAGCUUUGGAAAUGGUGGACGGUAUCAGGGAGGAAAUGAACAAAAUAUUAUCUACAAACGAUUGGAUGGACGACGAAACAAGGAGAAACGCGAUAGACAAAGCGAAUUCAAUGACCAGUCACGUUGCAUACCCCGACGAAUUAUUGGACGACUGCAAGUUGAAUGCCUUUUAUGAAAAUCUCGAAGUCAACGAUAAAGACUAUUUCACAUCCAUAAUGAAUUUUACUAAAUUCCUCACUCACUACAGCUUUUCGUCGUUAAGGCAACCAGUAAACAAAUCGGAUUGGAUUAAUCACAGUAAAACGGCAAUUAUAAAUGCCUUUUACAGUUAUGAUGAAAACAGUAUCCAGUUACCCGCCGGUAUCCUGCAAGGCGUGUUCUUCUCCAGCGAUCGUCCUCGGUACAUGAAUUACGGUGCCAUUGGGUUCGUGAUUGGUCACGAGAUCACCCACGGUUUCGAUGACCAAGGCAGAAAGUACGACAAGCAUGGUAACCUGGUCGACUGGUGGGCAAAGAAGACGAAGAAACGCUUCUUGGAGAAGGUGUCGUGCAUCAUCAAACAGUAUGGAAAUUAUACGGUUGAUGAGGUCGGACUCAAGCUGAACGGCUUCAACACGCAGGGCGAGAACAUCGCGGACAACGGUGGCUUGAAGCAGGCGUACAGCGCGUACAAAGCGUGGACCAGACGACACGGCGAAGAGCCCCGGCUGCCGGGGCUCCAGGACUACACACCGCAGCAGAUGUUCUGGUUGAGCGCCGCCAACGUGUGGUGCUCCAAGUACCGGCCGGAAGCGCUCAAGACCGACAUGGCCUCCAACUCCCACUCGCCCGACCGUUUCCGGGUCAUCGGCCCGUUCUCCAACCUGGAAGACUUCAGCGACGACUUCCGGUGUCCGCUGGGCUCCAACAUGAACCCGGUGAAGAAGUGCCGGGUGUGGUGAUCAUAUAUCAUACGAUACCCGCGCCCCCGGACCGCGAGAUAUUGUUAUUAUUAAUAUUUACUGUAAUAUUAUCGUUAUAUCUUUGUUAUUAUUAAUUUAUUAUUGUAAUUAUAAGUACCUGUGCAAAAUUAUGACAAUACCUAUAUUCUAAUAAUAUAAUAGGUACCCAAUGUGCAUUGAAAUAUAUCGAUGCGCGUGUAUGACUUAUAUUAGGUAGGUAUAAUCAGUGGUUGUAAGAACCGCUCAGACUGUAGUCCAAGUUAAGCAACCAAAUAAUGUUCACAUUAGA